GAUUCAGCGAUCCAGAGCGCGAGCCCAGCCUGGGAGUCCGCCUACUCCCGGCUCCCGUCGAGGCCGCGUGGGAUCCUGUUGGCCGCGCAGGCGUCGAUCUCCCCUUUUUGACACUGCAACUCCCAUGAGGCCCUGCAGCGUCCCUGGCGCCGCUGAAGACGCCCUGGAACUCGGCCGGCUCUGGAGGGCUCGGUGAGUCUGGCCGCGCUGCAUUAUGGAAUACAGAGUCUAAGAGAAAACUAGCCCGGCACCGACUCCGGACCAAGCACACGUGUUUACCUUGUGCACUGGGGUGGGGGCGUCAGUGAAGAGCAGCUAACAAGAUUUCGUCAUAAGACCGCGACCAGACAGGCGGCGCCAUCUUCGAACUUAGACUUCCGGAAGGACUUUGGCGAGGGGGCAGCCAUUUUGGGGGGUGCUGAUGGAUACCUGCGGGGUCGGCUAUGUUGCCCUGGGGGAGGCCGGCCCCGUGGGGAACAUGACUGUGGUAGACUCUCCUGGACAAGAGGUGCUAAAUCAGCUUGAUGUCAAGACCUCUUCAGAAAUGACCAGUGCAGAGGCUUCCAUAGAGAUGUCAUUACCUACCCCUUUGCCUGGAUUUGAGGAUUCUCCCGAUCAGAGGAGGCUCCCUCCAGAGCAGGAAAGUCUCUCCAGACUGGAACAGCAAGAUCUUUCUUCAGAGAUGUCAAAGGUCUCAAAGCCUAGGGCCUCAAAGCCUGGCCGGAAGAGAGGUGGUAGGACACGAAAAGGCCCCAAAAGGCCCCAACAGCCUAAUCCUCCAUCAGCCCCUCUGGUUCCUGGUCUCUUAGAUCAAUCCAACCCUCUGUCCACCCCCAUGCCUAAGAAACGAGGUCGAAAGUCCAAGGCAGAGCUGCUACUGCUGAAGUUGUCAAAAGACCUAGAUCGGCCAGAAUCUCAAUCUCCAAAGAGGCCCCCUGAGGACUUUGAGACCCCUUCUGGGGAACGACCCCGCCGAAGGGCUGCCCAAGUGGCACUUCUGUAUCUUCAGGAACUGGCUGAAGAGCUCUCAACAGCCCUGCCUGCUCCUGUGUCCUGUCCUGAGGGCCCCAAAGUGAGCAGCCCCACCAAACCGAAGAAGAUCCGGCAGCCAGCAGCCUGUCCAGGUGGAGAAGAGGUGGAUGGUGCUCCACGGGAUGAAGACUUUUUUCUCCAGGUUGAGGCUGAAGAUGUGGAAGAAAGUGAGGGCCCAAGUGAGAGCUCAUCUGAACCUGAGCCUGCAGUGCCCCGAAGCACCCCGCGAGGAUCUACUUCAGGGAAACAGAAGCCACACUGCCGGGGAAUGGCUCCCAAUGGCUUACCAAAUCAUAUCAUGGCUCCUGUUUGGAAGUGCCUCCAUCUCACCAAGGACUUCCGAGAGCAGAAACAUUCAUACUGGGAGUUUGCUGAAUGGAUUCCUUUAGCCUGGAAGUGGCACUUGUUAUCUGAGCUUGAGGCCGCUCCCUACCUGCCCCAGGAGGAGAAGUCUCCAUUGUUUUCUGUACAACGUGAAGGGCUACCUGAAGAUGGCACCCUCUACCGAAUAAACAGAUUUAGCUCGAUCACAGCACAUCCAGAGCGCUGGGAUGUGUCCUUCUUCACGGGGGGACCGCUCUGGGCUCUGGACUGGUGCCCAGUGCCAGAGGGGGCAGGAGCCUCGCAGUAUGUGGCUCUUUUCUCCAGCCCUGACAUGAAUGAGACACACCCACUGAGCCAGCUUCAUUCGGGUCCUGGGCUGCUCCAGCUCUGGGGCCUUGGGACCUUGCAGCAAGAAAGCUGUCCUGGCAACAGGGCCCACUUUGUCUAUGGGAUUGCUUGUGACAACGGCUGCAUCUGGGACCUCAAGUUCUGCCCCAGUGGAGCAUGGGAACUUCCAGGCACCCCUCGGAAGGCUCCUCUCCUGCCCCGGUUGGGUCUCUUGGCUCUGGCCUGCUCAGACGGGAAAGUACUGCUAUUUAGUCUACCCCAUCCGGAGGCCCUGCUGGCUCAGCAACCCCCAGAUGCAGUGAAGCCUGCCAUAUAUAAGGUACAAUGUGUGGCAACUCUGCAGGUGGGGUCUAUGCAAGCUACAGACCCCUCUGAGUGUGGUCAGUGCCUUAGCCUGGCCUGGAUGCCUACCAGGCCACACCAACACCUAGCUGCUGGAUAUUAUAAUGGCAUGGUGGUUUUCUGGAACCUUCCCACUAACUCACCCCUGCAGCGGAUACGGCUGUCUGAUGGCUCCUUAAAGCUCUACCCCUUCCAGUGUUUCCUAGCCCAUGACCAGGCUGUGCGUACCCUUCAAUGGUGCAAAGCUAACAGCCAUUUCCUUGUCUCUGCGGGGAGUGACCGGAAAAUCAAAUUCUGGGACCUUCGACGACCUUACGAACCCAUAAACUCUAUCAAGCGCUUCUUGAGUACAGAACUGGCCUGGCUGCUUCCCUACAAUGGUGUCACUGUGGCUCAGGACAACUGCUAUGCCUCUUAUGGACUCUGUGGGAUUCAUUAUAUUGAUGCUGGCUACCUUGGUUUCAAGGCGUACUUCACUGCUCCUCGAAAAGGCACCGUUUGGAGUCUUUCAGGAUCCGACUGGCUUGGGACAAUAGCUGCAGGAGAUAUAUCCGGGGAGCUCAUUGCUGCUAUAUUACCAGAUAUGGCACUGAAUCCAAUAAAUGUCAAGCGACCUGUAGAGCGAAGAUUUCCUAUAUAUAAAGCAGAUCUGAUACCGUAUCAGGACAGUCCUGAAGGUCCAGACCAUUCUUCUGCUUCAUCUGGGGUCCCCAACCCUCCCAAGGCUCGAACUUACACUGAAACUGUCAACCAUCACUACUUGCUCUUUCAAGACACAGAUUUGGGUUCAUUCCAUGAUCUGCUCCGUAGAGAACCAAUGCUGCGCAUGCAGGAGGGAGAGGGGCAUUCUCAACUCUGCCUGGACAGGCUGCAGCUGGAGGCUAUUCAUAAGCUGCGUAAUCCGAAGGACGCUGGGAGGAAGGGGCGGGACUUGUGGCGGAAGUUCCUAGGCCAGCCUGUCACGUGGGAGGGAGGCUCUGCGCCCAGCUCGCGCUCAGGAAGCAUGGCACUCUGGCGGGCAUACCAGCGGGCCCUGGCUGCUCACCCGUGGAAAGUACAGGUCCUGACAGCUGCAGCUGGUGGAGAGGCGGGGUCUGCAGGAACACCAGAGAGGCCGGACUCUGACCAUGGUGUCGCUGGGCUGUGGCUUUGUGGGCCCUGUGGUAGGAGGCUGGUACAAGGUUUUGGAUCGGUUCAUACCUGGCACCACCAAAGUGGAUGCACUGAAGAAGAUGUUGUUGGAUCAGGGGGGCUUUGCCCCAUGUUUUCUAGGCUGCUUUCUCCCACUGGUAGGGGCACUUAAUGGACUGUCAGCCCAGGACAACUGGGCCAAACUACAGCAGGUGAGCUGGGCAGGUGUGGAGAAUGUCUCUGGCUGGCAGGCUGACAGCCCAGGGGAAGGAGACAGGUUUUACAGGGAUAAAAAAGGGGGUAAGUGCAGGUAGAGUCCCAGGCCAUGGAGGAGAGGAGCUGAGGGUUAUGGUGGAGGAAUGUGCUCUUUGAACCCAAGUCUGUGUGUGACAUUCACACUGGGAAAUGGGAACUGCUUGGAGGCGCAAGUGUUAAUUUGUUCCUUCUCUGUCUCCCCAGGAUUAUCCUGAUGCCCUUAUCACCAACUACUAUGUAAGAGCUGACACCUCAACUGCUUGUUCUCCUGCUUCCUUAAGUCUAGAACUGUCCUGGGAUUGGGGGUCCUCCUGACAUGGGAAACCCUUCCGUUGGGAUUACUCUUUCAUUCCCAGGAUGGGCACCAUAAAUAGGGAAGCCAUCACCCAACUGUUCACCUUUUUCUUGUGUGCAGAAGUUGGGGUAGGGCCAGGCAAGACAGUGAGUCUGGGGUCAGGUGGUGGGGCAGCCAUCCAACCUUUACAUUCUCUCUUGCAGCUAUGGCCUGCUGUGCAGUUAGCCAACUUCUACCUGGUCCCCCUUCAUUACAGGUAUGUUGCACCCCUACCCCACCCAUCAAGGAAGACCCACGUUACCAACAGUUGGAGACAAAAUGAUUCUCAUUUCAACCUUGAGCUACCUUAGACCCCCAAACGGAACACUGAGCCGUGAUCAGAGUUCCUCAGAUUCCCAAGCGUGUUAUUCAGAAUGUCUUGCCAUUUCCAGAAACUGUCCCAGAGUGUCUGCCCACUGACCUUCUUCAUCUCCCUAGGGAGGAUCCUGCUUCUACCACCCUUGUCUCCAUUCCACCUGAGCUCCGUCUUUGAUGGCAUAUCUGGAGGGACAGUGGUUGGGGUGCUGCAGCCUAGGUUAGACAGAGAGGUAGACCAGAAAGCCAAGUAGGAGCCUGGCCAGACACUCACGAUAAAGACAGUUGCUGAACUGCACCCAAAAAGAUAGUGGAACUGAAGAUGUGUGGUUCAAAUGCUUGAAGGUGAAGGAUCAUGGGAACGGGAAAAUAUGGAAUGCUUCAGAGGGAACAGGGCCAAAAUGUACAUGAAUAGCAUAGCUAAAAUGAAUACAGACUGGCUGGGCACAGUGGCUCACACCUGUAAUUCUAGCACCUUGGGAGGCUGAGGCAAGAGGUUUGCUUGAGUCCAGGAGUUUGACACCAGCCUGGCCAAUAUAGUGAAACCUCAUCUCUACAGAAAAUACAAAAAAUUAGCCAGGCACAUGGUAACAUGUGCCUGUAGUCCCAGCUACUCGGGAGGCUGAGGUGGGAGGAUCACUUGAGCCUGUGGAUGGAGGUUGCUAUGAACUGAGAUUGUGCCACUGCAUUUCAGCCUGGUGACAGAGUGAGACCCUGUCUCCAAAAAAAAAAAAAAAAAAAGAAAGGCUGGACACAGUGGCUUACGCCUGUAAUCCCAACACUUUGGGAGGCUGAGGCGGGCAGAUCACAAGGUCAGGAAUUCGAGACCAGCCUGGCCAAUAUGUUGAAACCCUGUCUCUACUAAAAAUACAAAAAUUAGCUGGGUGUGGUGGCAGGUGCCUGUAGUCCCAGCUACUCGGGAGGCUGAGGCGGCAGAAUCGCUUGAACCUGGCAGGCGGAGGUUGCAGUGAGCCAAGAGCUCGCCACCGCACUCCAGCCUGGGCAACAGAGCGAGACUCCGUCUCAAAAAAAAACCCAAAAAACAAAAAAGGAAUACAGACUUAUGAACCAAAUCCUAAACAUUAGGGUCCUUUGCAACACUCUUUGAAACCAGAGCAUGGUUAAUUUAAAACAGAAAGAUGCUACUUUAUAUGGUAGUCUGUACAUUUUGGAAGAUGAAAUCUCAGCUGGUACAAGACAGAUCGAUGAAUUUAGAAGGGACCCAGAUAGGGGCCCUUUCUGUGAUUAACAGAGCUACGCAUGGCAAGAGAGCCGCUGAAUAUUUAGCCUUUGAGGCUCUCAGCCGGGAAACAGAGCUCUGGGAUGGCACUAGAAUUUGAGCCAGUUGUCCUUUAGUCCAAGCCACACAGGCCCUUCAUAGGGUGCUGAAGGGGCUGGGUGUGGUGGCUCACACCUGUAAUCCCAGCACUUUGGGAGGCCGAGGUGGGUGGCUCACUUGAGGUCAGGAGUUCGAGACCAGCCUGGCCAACAUGGUGAAACCCUGUCUCUCCUAAAAAUACAAAAAUUAGCCAGGUGUGGUGGAGCACACCUGUAGUCCCAGCUACUUGGGAGGCUGAGGCACGAGAAUCGAUUGAACCCAGGAGUCAGUGAGCCAAGAUCGUGCUACUGCACUCCAGCCUGGGCGACAGAGGAGACUCCAUCUCAAAAAAAAGGUGCUGAAGGAAAGAGACCUAAACCUGCCAAUCCUCUGACAUGAUCCCUCCUUUGCCAUUUCACGCUCCCAUCUCCAGCCCUUGCUCACUGCUUAGCCUUCCUCCUCUUAACCAUGUUAUUCCUGUUCCUUAGGUUGGCCGUUGUCCAAUGUGUUGCUGUUAUCUGGAACUCCUACCUGUCCUGGAAGGCACAUCGCCUCUAAGCCUGCCUCACUCCGUUUCCACCUUGCAGUGAUGCAGCUUGACCCUGGAACGGUCAGACAACCUCCUCAAAGUGGGCAUACCAGUUUCCACGGGGUUGGGUUGCCGGUCAGAGCUUAAGAGGACUAGCACCCUGCAAUGCCCCUCUUCACUCUAAAAUGUACACUGACUGCUUUAGAGCCCUUGAUAAUAGUCUUAUUCCCACCACAUAUGAGGCACUCCAUAAAUAUCUGUUGAACGUUCAUGACCUUAUCAACUUUACACCCAUAUCUCAGCAAAUGCCACUCAUCCCCACUCUUCAUAGACACAUUUGUUACUCUAACCCUGCCUAGGCUUCUUGUAGCUCCAGCUCUUUAGAGAUUACUAGAACCCUUUAUGUGGUGCCUCAGUAAAUAUGUUAUUAAAUAUGUAAUCCGGAA